UUCCUUUUUAAUAAAAAAUAAAACCUCUUUCCCUAAGGCCUCUCAUUCCCAAUCCCAAAAUAAACCCACUGCCGCCGCUCUGCUGCAUUUUUCUCAGGAACCCCUCUCGCCAUUUCUCCCUCUCAUUUUAUCUGUAAUACUCUCUCUCUCCUCCAUCAAUUCAAUAUUAUUAGCAGCUUGCUGUGAAGAGAGAGUAAGAUGGGGAGGAGGAUAUUGAACGAUGCCUUGAGGGCAAUAGUGAACGCAGAGAGGAGAAGUAAAUCUACCGUGGAGUUACAGCCCAUUUCUACUGUCAUGUCUUCUUUUCUUAAGAUCAUGAAAGACAGGGGAUAUAUAAAAAACUUUCAUGUUUACGAUCCACACAGAGUGGGAAGGAUAACUGUUGAAUUACAAGGCAGGGUUACUGAUUGUCGAGCUCUCACUUACAGGCAAGACAUUAAGGCAAAGGAUAUAGAAGCUUACAGGUUGCGGAACCUUCCUACACGCCAGUGGGGUUAUGUUGUGAUCACAACUCCGGAUGGUAUAUUGGACCAUGAAGAGGCUAUCAGUCGGAAUGUGGGAGGUCAGGUUCUUGGUUAUUUUCACUAGAUGUGUCUUCUGUGUCAUCUUUUCAGAUUGUGAGAACUUGGAAGCACAGAAGGACCAUGAUGGUUCUUGUUUUCUUUUCUUUUUAUGAAGGGUAAAUUAACUUUCAAUUGAAGCCCGUCUCUCCUCUCUCUUUUAAAUGAAAUGAGUUAACUUUGGCUAUAUCAAUUAUCAAAAGUAACAGUCAAUGGCUCCUUUAUCAUGUCGUCAAGUUCAGACUUUGCGACGCCU